CUCUGCCAGCUGGUCCCAGGUCCAAUCCAGACAGUCAUGUGACUCCAUAUACCCUAACCAGCAAUUCCAAAUAGGAAACCGUCUGCAUAUGACAGACGAAAAGAUCCAAAUAAUUUAUUUGAUAUCAAAGUAGAUCGGCUGCAGCCAUCAAAUAUUCCUUCUUCUUCCCGUUUACUGUCUACUGUCUACUGUCUACUGUCUACCUCAACAUGCCCAACGUCGGCCGUCCCAGUCGCGAUUGUCAGUCCUGUCGACAGCGACGCAUCAAGUGCGAUCUACUAAGGCCACAUUGCGGCCAGUGUCUGCGUAAAGGACGCCUCUGUCCAGGAUAUCGCGAUGAGCUGCUGGCGAUGCACUUCCGCCUGGACAUCACAGUCUCUACUACAUCACAAAGACAUAGAAACAGACCCGAACGUCCCCUCCCCGACCCAUACGUAUACGGCGACGCCAACAUCGUCGAUCACUUGAUAAGACAGGUUCUUCCUGCUAUCCGCAUGGCGCCUCACUGGAUCCGAGAAUGCUGUCUGGCGUUUGUCAGCGCCUCGCCUAGCCCGCUGGUCCUACAUUCAAUCCAUUAUGCCACUGCUUCUCAUUACCGCAAGUGCCGCCAGCAGCAAUCCCCCAGCAUUGAAGAGUUGCAUCACCGAGGCCAUGUGCUGCACCGCAUGCGUGAGGCCUUUAACCUGUCUGACAUGCGGCCGAUCUUUGAUGAGGUUCUGCUUGCUGCCUUUGUACUGGCCGUCCAUGACGCCCAUAGCGGCUUCCAAACCCGCGAUCCGAGCCCUUUCAAGCCGUUAUUCCCUUCGCUGCAGGCACUGGAUUUACAUGGCGGCCAGUCGUAUCAUCCGCAACACUGGACGGCAGUCGAGCAUCUCCUGGCCCGCCGGGGCUCCUUUACCCAUAUCAAGAUAUUUGCCCUGCCAUGGUGGCUGUCAUAUGUCUAUCUUAAACGGGCUGUUGCUACAUGCACACCACCCCUUCUCCCCCUACUCACCUCCGAGGGAGAACUGUUGGAUGACAUUUCACCCGCGGCGAUGCUGGGCAAGAUUCCUCUUCAAAUCAGCGGCUUCCACUGUCUGACAGAUGUAUCUAUUCCCCCCGCGCGGAUCCGCCCGUUAUGCCAGUUGACAGAGCUGGCAGACGCCAUGGCCCAGAUCACAACCCCCCGGUCGGCAGGGAUGAUGGACCGUCUGGGCGAUGCCCGCAAUGUCGUCCAGCACGGCCUGUUGAGCAUGCCAAAGGGACAGCACCAGACGGAAGCCUCAUCUCUACGCGACUCCCCCCCGACCCUUCCUCCAGGCCACGCCUGUCAUGUCUACGACGCAUGCCGACUGGCAGCCCUCCUCUUCAGCACGCACGUUACCUUUCCGUAUCCCCAAACCUGUGGCAUUCGGGCGAUGCUUGUUCCGCAGCUGUUAUCUGCUCUGAUGCAAUUGGAAAACGACUGUUUUUAUUCCUCGCCGAACAUCAUGCGUGCUCUGCUCUGGUGCGCAACUGUAGGCGGGGUUACUGCUGCCACCACCCGCAGCUGGUUCAUCACUUAUCUCGCUCGGCUCUCGACUCUGCUCGACAUCCAGUCCUACGAUGAGGUCAACAGCGCCCUGCGGCCCUUUGCAUGGAUUGAUGCGGCCUGUGAUGAUGCGGGCCAGCAGCUGUGGAGAGAUGUUUCAGCCCACGUCCUUGUAGAUGAAUUCACUGGCUGA